UGUGGCACGCGCGCGAGGAGCACUCAUCAUCAUCAUCAUCAGUGAGGAGGAAGACACCGGAUCAAGUUAGCAGGGAGGAAGACUCUUCUACUGAACCCUUUAUUUGUGCUCGAGUUCCGCGUUUAAUCAUGGAUGCGUCGCUCUUCCAGUUCUUCAUUGAGGAAUUCGGCGACUCCAACUGCACUCUUGUGGACGCGUUUCAGCACACUUUAUACGGGAACGCGUCUUUCGCGUCGAUGAGUGUCGAUGGCAUCUAUUGUAACUCCACCACGGAUGAGAUCGGAACUUGCUGGCCGAGAAGCAACUCUGGGCGGAUCAUCGAGCGGCCGUGCCCGGAGUUCAUCAACGGCGUCAAGUACAACACCACCAGAAUUGCUUACAGAGAGUGCUUGGACAAUGGUACAUGGGCACUGAAAAGUAACUACUCCAACUGUGAGCCCAUUUUGGAGGAAAAGAGGAAGUACCCCAUGCACUACAAGAUAGCCCUCAUCAUAAACUACUUCGGUCACUGUAUAUCUGUUGGCGCUCUCGUCAUUGCCUUCGUUCUCUUUCUGUGCUUGAGGAGCAUCCGAUGUCUUCGCAACAUAAUCCACUGGAACUUAAUUACGACCUUCAUUCUGAGGAAUGUAAUGUGGUUUUUGCUUCAACUGAUUGACCAACACAUUUAUGAGACCAAUGAGCCCUGGUGCCGUCUUAUAACAACGAUCUAUAAUUACUUUGUGGUGACCAAUUUCUUCUGGAUGUUUGUGGAGGGCUGCUAUCUUCACACGGCGAUUGUGAUGACAUAUUCCACAGACAAGCUUCGGAAAUGGGUCUUCCUCUUCAUCGGAUGGUGUAUACCAUGUCCGAUAAUUAUAGUGUGGGCCAUUGGAAAACUUUACAACGAAAAUGAACAAUGCUGGUUCGGGAAGGAGCCUGGGAAGUACAUCGACUACAUUUAUCAGGGGCCCGUGAUUCUAGUUCUUCUAAUCAACUUUGUGUUCCUUUUCAACAUUGUGCGCAUUUUAAUGACGAAGCUGAGGGCCUCGACCACAUCUGAAACUAUACAGUACAGGAAAGCUGUGAAAGCAACUCUAGUGCUUCUGCCUUUACUCGGGAUCACAUACAUGCUGUUCUUUGUGAACCCAGGGGAGGAUGACAUAUCUCAAAUUGUAUUUAUCUAUUUCAACUCAUUUCUUCAGUCCUUUCAGGGAUUCUUUGUGUCGGUAUUUUACUGCUUUCUUAAUGGGGAGGUACGUUCUGCAGCCAGAAAGCGUUGGCAUCGAUGGCAAGACCAUCACGCACUGCGAGUCAGAGUGGCGAGGGCCAUGUCCAUCCCCACCUCACCCACCCGCAUCAGCUUUCAUAGCAUCAAGCAGACCACAGCCGUCUGA